UAUAAAUCCGAUGUUCGAGCGGAAUACUCGCUCAACAAUAAUUUUUCAAUUUACACUUAUUCGUGACUUUCCCUUGGGGUGGAAAUUCGUGUAAUUCAGUUCUACUUGGAAGCCACGGUAUUAUCGAUCUUGGCAGCGAGUGGUGAACAUUGUCGCAAGUCCGUGACUACACGUUUCCACAUUAUUUUUAGAAGUUUUAAUUUAUAAAUCUUCGGUUCAAACUAUUAUUAACAAUCGUAACAAAUAUAAAAAUAUAUUAUAUUCGGUCAAGUGCACGUCGAAUUAUCAUUUAUUCUAUUAUAUAAUUGUAAUUUUAUGGUCAUUCCGAAGGGGCUACCAGCGCGCUUGAAGAUUUAGUGAUUUUCGGUUGUGUCGCGCUCGAAGAUUGUGAUGAUCCUGUGAAAAUUUGUUGGAAUCUUUAAGUGAUAAUUCAUCAUCUGUUCCACCAUGUCUAUGGCAUCCCUGGGCGUUAGUGCAGGCUUUAUGGCCGGUUGCUGUGUGUUAGCUCAAAUAGCGCGAAAAUUUGUUGAGAAAUGCUUUAGUGAUGGGCUGGUCCCAAUUUUAUUAAACGAAGCUAUCGCAUCGGCAGAACUAUGUGCCUGUUGCUUUGAAUUAAUCAUCGUUGCCGACAAUUUUGGGGUCGCAACGUAUGCCAUAUUUCUGUUUCUGCUUACAAUAUGGUGGGGUAAAGUCUGGGGGGAUGCAACUGCAUGUCCUUACACUCAUAUGGAGGACUUGGUUGAAGGCAAAACUACACUAAGGGAAGUUGCACUCAAGACAUGGGCUGCGUUGAUGGGAGGUUGUUGUGUCUAUCGCAUUGUCCAAGUAUUUUGGUGGUUCGAGUUCACUAUCACACACGAGGGUCGAGCGUUCGAAAACUGCACUGCGGAUUUACAAGUUAACCCGUACUUAGGAGCUGCAAUCGAAGGUGUAGCGACGCUACUUUGCCGUCUAGCAUCGAAAACAAUUGCUGAAUUGGAACCGAAGCAUUCAAGCGUUAUCGAUUCAUUCAUCGGAACAAGCCUGGUGGUGGCAGCUUUCAAUUUCUCCGGAGGAUAUUUCAAUCCAGUGUUGGCUACGGCCUUGAAAUGGGGCUGCAGCGGGCACACGAACCUGGAACACAUUAUAGUCUACUGGAUGGGUGCUUGCACUGGGGCGUUACUGUCCGUGCCACUAUUCAAAAUAGAGGCUGUCCGAAAAUAUUUGGUAGGCGAAAGGGACGAGAAGAGAAAAGAAGAGUGAACUGCAAUUGGAAGGAGCACUUUCGGGUUGUUAUUUUCAAGUUGUUAUAUGUGUAUCGAUUGAAUUGUUUCAAAUUAUUUAUGCAUUUUUUGUUAUUUUGCAAGAUCACUACCAUUUUUGUGGCUCAAUUGAAAAUCACCAACUGUUCUGUGAAAAGAUUUCAAAUUUUUCAGAAUCAUUGUGUUCUUUCAAAUAAAAUGGACAUUCGAAUGUUCAAAA